UAAGGCUUGCUCAGUGAGAGUGUGCAGAACAAGGGGGAUUUAAUUACCUGAAACAAAAAACAUCCACAUUAAAAAAGAAAAAAAAAAAGAAAAAAAAAAUAUCAUGAGCUACGAUACCUACUAUUCCCGUCGCCCCUGGGAGGACUACAGGGGGGCCAGAUCCACCAAAUCCUCCAUCUCCUCUUCCCUCUACUCCGUCCACCGCUCCGUCCCCGCCGCCAAGCACGCUCUGCGGCUGCAGUCCAGCCCCGUGCCCGGCCUGGCGGAGAGGAUGGACCUGGCGCAGGUGAGCACCCUCAACUCGGAGCUCCUGGGCCUGCGUGCCCAGGAAAAGGAGCAGCUGGUGGGCCUCAACGACCGCUUCGCCACCUACAUCGAGAAGGUGCGUCACCUGGAGCAGCAGAACAAGGCCCUGCUGGCGGAGCUGGAGGCCCUCCGGCAGCGCCAGCGCGACCCCUCGCGUCUCCACCUCCUCUACGAGCAGGAGGCGCGGGGCCUGCGGGCGCUGCUGGACGCCGAGACCAACGAGAAGAUGCGGCUGGAGGCGGAGCGCGAGCACCUGCGGGACGUCCACGGGCAGCUGAAGGAGCGCUGCGAGGACGAGGCGCGUCUCCGGGCCGACGGGGAGGACGCCCUGCGGAAGGCGCGCGAGGAGGCGGCCCGCGCCGCGCUGGCUAACUGCGACGCCGAGGCCAGCGCGGGCUCCCUGGCCGAGGAGCUCGCCUUCCUCAGGAAGGUCUUCGCCGAGGAGCACGCCGAGCUGACCGCGCAGGUCCAGGCGGCCGGGGUCAGCGUGGAAGUGGACGUGGAGGCGCCCGACCUGUCGUCCUCCCUGAGGGACGUGCGCUCGCAGUACGAGAAGCUGGCCAACAAGAACAUGCAGGCCGCCGAGGAUUGGUACCGCACCAAGUUCGCCGGCGUGGCCCAGGCCACCAGCAGGAACGGGGAGGCGGUGCGCGCCAUGCGGGAGGAGACCUCCGAGUACCGCCGGCUGCUCCAGGCCCGCUCCUCCGAGAUCGAGGCCCUGCGCAACGUCAUCGACUCCCUCAACAAGCAGCUGGAGGAUAUGGAGGACAGGCAGGGAAAGGAGGUGACCAAGUACCAGGAGAAAAUAAAUGAUCUGGAGAAGGACAUUGCAGAGGCUAAGCAAGAGAUGGCGCAUUACCUGAGAGAGUACCAAGACCUCCUGAACGUCAAAAUGGCCCUUGACAUUGAAAUCGCUGCGUACAGGAAGCUCCUGGAAGGCGAGGAGAUAAGGCUGAGCUUCUCCUCUCUGCCUGCCCUCACCAACCCCCACCUUCAAGCCCAACGUGCCCUUGUUCAAAACAAGAGGUCCACCACAAACUCCCCCUUCUUCUCCACACACUCCGACUCUGAGAACGGGACAUCAAGGGUGCAAGACCCCAGAGAGAGCAACAGAGAGAGCCAAGAAGCAGCACUGCGUCAGCCAUGACACCAGAGCCUAGCCCAGGCACAAUAUCCUUUUGGUAGGGCCCAAAGCUCUUACUUAAACUCCAAGCUCAAUUUUGAUUCUGCCCAAGCCAAUUCAGCAAACAUUUAACCAAUUGUUUGUAAGGGCAGGCUAAAUUCAGUUCAGCUGUGGAUGUUUAGAUUUUACUCAACCUCGUUCAGAUGCAAGAUAAUAAAUGACAGAUCUUUGCGUUCUACCAACAGGAUAUUGGGCUGUACUGCUGAUCCUAUUGUAUUAAUCAGUAAAUCAGUAGAUGUCUGUUUUGUUCUAAGGAAACUCUUUCAUUGCGGGCAGUAGAGCACCGUCACAUUUGCUUUGGUCUUCUUUGAUAUUUCAUGUAUGUUGAGCUUCAGUCAGAGAGGUACGUUUCAGUUAACUUUCUCAAUGAAAUCAAAUGAUAAAUCUUUACAAAUGUGAUCAUGGCUAAAUAAAUAUUAUUAUUUUUUUAUUUUACCAACUGCAAUCAAGGCUCUAAAUCUAGGUUUCACAACGUUGCUUUCAGCUGGAGAAGCUCAAAAUAGAAUGAGAAUUUCAGGAAGAAAGUUCAAGCGCCUGUCUACAGAGGUCCGCCUCGUAUUUGUGACAUCAGACAGAAGUCUUCACUUAGCUGUUUUUGCAUUUUGUUCUUGUUUCUUUUAAGCCCAUUAAAUAAGAAUACACUGUAAACCUAAAACAAAAAUAACAAAAAAAUAAAAAUGCCUGGUAACUAAGCUUUCUGUUGUACCGAUCUUAGGUCUGACCGGCACUUAAAAUCUGUGAAUCUAUAUCAAGUCUGCACCUUUUAAGCCUGAUAUAUCUAUGUGCCAGUGACCUGCUGAAUAAAACUAACAUGGCUUUACUGACUAUG